GUUGAAAGAGUCCAGCUAAAAAUAAACAUUCGCGUCCAAAUGCUACAAGAUCCAUCCGCUGACACAUUCUCGAAACAAUUAUUAGAUAUCGGCGAUGGAAAAGUUACUGUCCAUGAAAAUACUGGCUGCAUAAAAUUGCCCACCGAUUUCUGCACAAUCGUUGAUUCUCAAAAUGCUCUCAUUGACCGCAUAUUCCCCGAUGUACGCACACAAUACAUAAACCACGCGUGGCUAGCAGAAAGAGCCAUUUUGGCAGCAAAAAAUGUGGACGUCGACGAUUUAAACUUCAAGAUACAGCAGGCGAAUUGGUAUCAUACAAAUCGAUCGAUACAGUUUGCGAUGCCAACGAAGCUGUAAAUUAUCCAAC